CUGGUAGAAGGAGUCAAUUAGCUAGUUACUUGAAAAUAGAAGUAGUCAAAAUGAAAAAUGCUCGUGUGAAAAAUGAUAUAUUAUUCUUAAGCAAAAUGAUGAGCAGUUUAUUCCAUGAACCAGCUGUGAAGAAACUUCUUGGUUGGAAACAAGGUGAUGAAGAGGAAAAGUGGGCCGAAAAGGCUGUGGAUGCUCUUGUUAAAAAAUUAAAAAAAAAAAAAAGUGGCUUGGGUACUAUCGAAGAUCUUGAAUUUGCUCUCGCAAAUCCUGGAUCUCAUAGUAAAUGUGUUACAAUACCACGAUCACUUGAUGGACGACUUCAAGUAUCACAUCGAAAAGGAUUACCACAUGUAAUAUACUGUAAAGUAUGGAGAUGGCGUGAUUUACAGUCACACCAUGAGCUGAAACCUGUACCUGAAUGUUUAUAUCCAUAUGAUAGCAAGCAGCAGUUAAUAUGUGUGAAUCCUUAUCAUUACCAAAGGAUUGAUCCUCAAAUUAUGCCAAUAGCGAUUCCGCAGUCAUCAUAUCCAUGCGGUUUCGUUCAGCGAGAUACCAUGAUGUCCAUGAACCCUGUGUGUCGAAACAUGUAUGCAUCGCACCAAAAUAUCGAAAUGCCUACCUCCAUUAGUGCCCCUAUGGAUUAUUGUACUUACAGAGAUUCAUCCUCUGAAGACUGUGAAACAGUGUCUCCGGAAGUAGAUUCGGGUUACUCUUAUCCAGAACCAAAUUUCUGGUGCUCACUUGGAUACUAUGAAUUAAAUUCUCGCGUUGGUGAACUUUUUAAGGUUAAAAAUUUUGAAGUAGUUGUUGACGGAUUCACCGAUCCUUCAAACUCCAAUGAUCGAAUCUGUCUCGGUCUGCUGACAAAUGUUAAUCGAAAUGCUACCAUAGAAAAUACUCGGAAACAUAUUGGAAAAGGUGUGAAAUUAACUUGUGAGGAUGCAACACAUAAUGUGAUUGUAACAAAUCUCUCGGAUUCUCCCGUUUUCGUGCAGUCUCGAAAUAGCAAUUAUAAGCUGAACUAUAUGCCAAAUGCUGUUUGUAGAAUACCUCCUGGACACUUUAUGUAUAUUUUUCACCACCAGUUGUUUGUGCAGAUGUUACGAAGGGCUGAACAAGAAGGUUACAACAAUGUUUAUGAACUGACAAAAAUGUGCUUCAUUCGAAUAUCUUUCGUAAAAGGAUGGGGUGGUCCAGAUUAUCAUCGUCAAGAUGUCACUUCUACACCAUGCUGGAUAGAAAUGCAAUUACACGGUCCUCUUGCGUGUAUAGAUCAAGUGAUUGAAAGACUAGAUCCGCCAGCAAAUCCAAUAUCAUCCGUGUCUUGAUA